GAGCUAGUUUUGGGAUACACGCGCUAAGAUUGCGCAAUAGAGCAAUGCAUUGUGGGAAGUAAAAUGGUGAUCCUCGUCAGUUAGGCUACUAAAACGAUACGAUGUAUGCCUCGAUGUCCUUCUAAUUUAGUGUCUAUAGAAAUAUAAGCGUCUAGUAGCAUAUAACCGAAUCUGUGAGUAUUCUGGGUACACAAUGCUCAAUUUAGGGUUCUUGCCAGGCGUCGUCAACACUGCUAUGAGAACGCAGGCUGUAAAAACGUUCCUCACUCUGUCAUCAGUAAGGACCUUAGUUUGGACAAACAAAACAUUACAACUCAGGACUUACAGUCAAGAUCAGGCGAAAAGUGGAUCGGCUAACUUUGUUUAUUACAGUUUGCCGCACAGGACUUUAGUUAAAAUCAAUGGCCAUGAGACUAAUUCAUUUCUUCAAGGACUUGUUACAAAUGACAUGGAGUUACUGGAGGACGAAAGAUGCAUGUAUUCACACAUGCUGAAUGUGCAGGGGAGGACGCUCUAUGACCUUAUUUUUUACAGUUUGAGAGGAAAUUCCACAGAAUCCAGUCUUUUACUGGAGUGUGACAGCACAGUGAAAGACGCAAUCCUAAAGCAUCUGAAGGUGUACAAAAUCCGCCGUAAGGUUUGCAUCGCCCCUUGUCCUGAACUUGCCAUAUGGGCCCUGUUACCUGUGGACAAGAACAGUUCAUCAGGCAAACCAGAAGUGACUGCCAACAAAGACAAUAUUGUGCUGGAGAGGGACCCAAGAACUGAGCUUAUGGGGUGGAGACUGAUUGUGAGCCAUGAAGUUAAUCCAAAGGACAUCAUUGCUUCCGCUCAAGUGGGAGACGCAGAAGAGUAUCACAGGCACCGUUAUAAAAUUGGCUUGCCAGAGGGUGUGAGCGAUCUUCCUCCUGGUGUUGCUUUGCCACUGGAAUCCAACCUGGUGUACAUGAAUGGAAUCAGCUUCAGUAAAGGCUGUUACAUUGGCCAGGAACUCACAGCCCGAACCCACCACACGGGUGUUGUGCGCAAGCGCUUAAUGCCCGUGUGUCUAUCCACGCCAGUCGACGGACUGAAGGAGGGAGUGGCACUGCAGACAAACUCUGGGAAACCAGCAGGGAAGUACAGAGCUGGGAAAGGAGAACUCGGACUGAGUCUCAUCCGCUUGGCACACGCCAAAGAGCCACUAGCACUGAAGGCAUCUGGGGAUGACAACACUGUGACUCUACAGGCCUCCAUGCCUGAAUGGUGGCCUAAAGAAGCCAAGUGAGCCAAAGGCAAAAUUGCACAACAUUCUGUUAAAACACAUCAGGAUCACAUCAAAGUUUGGCCCUUAAUAAAAAUUAUGUGGCAGCUUUUUAACUAGUUCUACACUGCAUUGAAGACCACACAUAAGAUAUUACAUUUUAUUUAUUUAGGUUCUGAAACUUGAAAUAUGAUCAUUCACACACAACAAUAGAACACAACAAAGAAAUUAUUUGUUUAUUUUGUUUGUUGAAUAAACAUUUUAAAGCAAAA